AUGAGGGGUAAUUUCUUUUUUCUUUUAUUUAUUUAUUUAUGCUGCCAAAAGAAAAGACAGCGUUAGCAGUAGCUUUAGGCCAGUUAUUAUCGUUGUGUAUCACAGGUACAAGUACAGCUUCUUCUGCUUUAUGGACACAUUAUCAUAUCAGUAUACCUUUUACACAGAACUUUUGCAACUACCUUUUAUUGGGAUCUGUCUAUACCCUCAUGGCAACAAAAACUAGAUCGCCAUCUCAAAGUAUAUCUUGGGAAUUCUUUGGAUUUUCUUUCGCUGAUGUCCAUGCCAAUGCAUUGGCUGUAUUAGCAUUCAAGCGUACUUCGGUUCUUUCGGCACUUGUGCUGUCCUCAUGGUCUAUUCCAUGUAUCAUGCUGCUUUCUGCUUUUUUUUUAAAUGCCAAAUAUAGCAAAGUACAUAUUCAAAGCGCUACUGUUUGUUUAUUAGGAUUAGGUCUUUUGAUCUGGGCAGAUACAAUGGACAAUGAAGAAUCCACAAUGAACCAUAGUUGGAUUGGAGACAUUAUCUGUUUGUUUAGUGCAACAUUGUACGCAAUCAGUAAUGUGACUGAAGAGCAUUUAGUGCAACAUUAUACUUCAAAUGAAUUUCUCGGAAAAACUGGCUGCUGGGGAAGUUUACUAUGUGGCAUCCAAGUGCUUCUGUUUGAAUUGGAUCAUCUCAGGACGAUGUCAUGGUCAUGGCCAGUAUUAGGACUCGUACUGAUGUAUGUCUUGUGCUUGUUUUGCAUGUAUUCACUUGUACCUACUGUUUAUCGAAUGGCAGGUGCUGCUUUUCUUAGUAUGAGUCUAAUCACUAGUAACUUCUAUUCCCUUAUUGUGGGUCUCUUGUUCUUGAAUGCCAAAAUGCCGUCAUUUUACCCUAUUGCUUAUGCAUUGGUCAUUGCUAGUGUGGCUACCUACAGCUUAGCACCAUCUCCUCUAUCCGUUGAACACCAACAUCCUGACGAAGAAAGUGAUCCUAUGCUUGACGAUAAUAGUAAACGAUCAUUACCGACCUAUACCUGAUAGACAUUCAGAAGCAAAUGCGCCUUGAAUAAAGAUAUAAUUGAGUGUUAUUAUACUUUGUCUGAAUAAGCUUCAUUCAAUUAAAAAAUAAACAAAGCAUGGGUCAAUAACAGCUUUUGUCUAGGUCUAUUGUUAUUUUAUGCUAUCAACAAUCUUCCAUUUUUCCUGAUGUCUAUUAUUGUGUUUUCAACAAAAAAACGCAUUGUGUCUCUCUGUUCAAUGACCUAAUGAUAUGAAAAUAAGCACUUUUGUCCCUUUUCUCUCAAGCAAGGUGUGGCUCUGUAGAAUUUGCUUGGCAAAUGGACGAUAAAAGACAGUUGAAUGGUUCACGUGGCUUAUUGCUUAAUUAACCAUCAUGAAUUAACAUUCAGCUUAUUACAAAACAGGAGAGAGCAAAAGGACAUUUUCUUUUGCCAUAUAUAUAUACCAUUAUCAACAAGUUACACAGUACAAAAAGAAAAAGAAAAAAGAAUUGC